AUGAACUUGUUAUCCUACCAAAGACACGUAUCCCCCUAUUCGGCCUUCCCGCUCUCGGGCACGUUGCAGCAGCAGCUGCAGCACCUCCAGCAGCAGCAACAGCAGCAGCAGCAGCAACAGCAGCAGCAACAGCAGCAGCAACAGCAACAGCAACAGCAACAGCAACAUCUCUCCAUCUACGGCAACACAGGAUCCCCCAUGCGGCAAACUCGUGCAACUUCAUUUUUUGCCAGUGAGGGAACGCUUGCGCUCCUAGGACCUCCCUGGCUCAGCAGCCACAAUCAUGGCAGCAGCAGCAGCAGCAGCAGCAGGAUGACAGUCGAUGAAGUGAAACGUGAGCUGCAGCGAAGGGGUAUCGACUGCCCCGACUCUUUAUGGAAAGAUCCGCAGCCAGAAGAAGUGCAAGGCUUACUUUCUGUUGCCAUAGAACUGCUACUCGGCAUCUCCACGCAAAAGCUCAGACAAGAAGAGAUGAGCGGUGACGUUAAAGUUCCUACUCCCGAUAGGUAAGCGGCGGCAGCAGCAGCUGCUGCAGCAGCAGUUUGCGAGAGCUCUGAAGAAGGCUUUAAAAGCAGAGAAGCUUCUCAGUCACCACAAGGCCGCCCAUCUGGAGGAAGCCAUCAGCGCGUUGCAGCAGCAGCAGCAGCGCCUCCAGAUAUCCCUGCAGAGUCGACGCGAGCGGCAUUCGAAACUCUUGAAAGCCAUAGAGGCAGCACAGCAGCGGAUAGGGGCCUCCUUUCGUCUGUACCUUUCCCAGCUGGAGACUCUCAGGUCCUAAACAUCCUCCGUCUGCAAAUUUUUGAGCGGCGCUGGCAGGGGAGCUUGCCGAGCGAGGCAGCGCGAAAGGCCGCCUGCAAACUCCACGCCUCAGAACUACCGCUUCAGAGUCUUACAAAGAAACGUGGAGCACUUAGCCUCGCUCUGCAAAGGGAUCAGCGUCGCGACAGCUUGCUUGUUGAAGGCUGCGCUCGUGUUGUGUGCGUACAGGCUCUCUUUGCCUCCGCCAGUGCCUUUGGCGCAGAGCCUCGAAAACUUGGAAAACGAAUGCCCCUUGCAGCAGCAGCAGGAUCUCUCACGGCCCACCUCCGAUGUAAGCUAGCUGAACACCUAGCCAACGCAACGACACCCGUAUCUGCGAGAUACGGGGGAAGGUGUUGCGGGGGGGGAGGGGGGGAUAGCGGAUCCCCUAGAGGAGCGGCUAACUGUUCCUACACAGCUGCAGGCCUCCCUUCACAACGGGAGGUUUGCGAGGGGGGAGGGGGUGAAGGGCUUCUAAGCAUGCCUGUUCAAACUGCCACGAAGAAAGGCCUCUCUCCGUAUCGGCUCAACCCAUCUUUGCCGGCGUGUGUCACAGCAUAA